AUGGAUCUCUGGAGUGAUUCUAAUGGCCCCCCUCGCAAGAAAAUGCGAAAGGGGACCAAGAGUUGUGUCGAGUGUCGCCGGCGCAAGAUUCGUUGCACUUAUCACCCAGACCGUCCUGAGACCUGCAAUGAAUGUCGAUUAAGAGGAUCUACCUGUAUUGACCAGGAGCAUAACUCCGACGACCCUGGAUCCGCACCAGGCUCUAAUCAAGGAGACCAGCGAUAUAGUCUUCGGGAGCGGGUAGCUCAUCUGGAGACUGUAGUUCAAGAGCUUUCCAAACGGCUGGAUCAGCCGAGCGCCAACAACACACCCUCCCUGAAUCGCCCCCAAACAGAGGCAACUCCACCAGCAACUGAAUCCGAUCAACUUGGCCCAUCCAGCGAUCAAAUCCAGAGCGCCCCAGUAAUGCAGCUGUUUGACAACUACCUUUUGAGCCGUCAUGAGGACUCGGAUAGCAAUGAUCGAUUCGCAGGAUCAAAAGACACAUCACCAAAGGCACGAGCAGUACGAGCGGAGCUUGUGUCCCUGCUUCCACCACCCUCAGACAUUCGCACAGUCAUCGCGGAAACUUCACAUCUAUGGUGUCUCUGGGACGAGCACUUCCCAGAGCUUCUGGCUCGGUUUGAUUUUCCGUUAGAACUUGGCGAGAGCACGGUUGCGCCCGCCGAAAUUGCCAAGUCUGUUGUGUGUCUUGCUAUUAGUGUCAUCCAUCUACUGCCCGAGUUCAGUUUCAGUUCUCUACAACAGCCUUUUGAUCCGCAAGAGUUUUCCGCUCGCUGUACGGCAGCUGUGGAUCGUCUUGUCGUUCGUGACGAUGACUUUGCCGCAACGCUUCCUGGCAUCGAAGCUCAGAUGUUGCUUUCAAAGUAUCAUCUGAACGAGGGUCGGCUCCGCAAGGCGUGGCUGAUCAACCGACGAGCCAUUGAGUUUGCGCAUCUCGCAGGCAUGCACCUGUCUACUCGUACUCCACGGCCUUCGGACACUCUUUUUGAGCGACGACUGAGAAUAUGGUGUUCUUUGAACACUGCGGAUAGAUCGUUGAGUCUGAUUCUUGGUCUUCCAUAUGGGGUCUCGGAAUCAUUCUUCUCACCGCAGGUCGAACGGCGUCUGGAUAUGGGUGUUAGUGCCCCGGAACAGUAUUUGUUGCGUAUUGGUGUCAUCACUGGACAUAUGGUCGACCGCAACCAGAACUCAGCGGAUAUGUGCCUAGAGACGACUUUGAGACUCGAUCGAGAGCUUAUGGAUGCUUGGAAAGCCUUGCCAAACAGCUUCUAUGGAACAGCCCCCGGGCCUAAUGAGGAACGGGAGCAAUUCCAUGCGCGGAUUCCUUUGCAGUUCAUGCCCAAAGUGCUCCGAGCUCUCCUACACAUGCCUUUCUUGCUCAAAUACCCUCACGAUCAGCGAUUUAGCUUCUGCCAUCGUGAAGCUAUUCAAUCUGCACGGGAUGCUUUGGUGCUGUACAAAGUCCUUCGAUCGAUGACGAGGUCUUAUUUGUGCCAGAUGAUUGAUUUCUUUGCCUUCACAAUGAGCAUGCUUCUCAUCGUUUACCUUCACGGCCACUUUGAUGAAUCACCGGCUUCUUACCAGCAGCAAGACGAGCAGGACUGGAAGCUUGUAGGCGAAGUGAUCGAAAUUCUUCGGCAGGCUGCGACUAAGAGGGGUGGAUCUGUAGCUGCCGAGUCUGCAAAUAUCCUCGGGGCUAUCUUUCAUACCAGAUCACAAAUCCGGAACUGGACAUCAUCGGCUACGUGCAAGGUCACGGUGCCUUACUUUGGCACGAUCACUGUGGGGGCUGGAACCAAGUUGUUGAGACCCAACAACAGAGAACAGGAUGAUACUACUCCAAAUUCGAUGCCACCAGCAGCCUCUUCAUCCAAACCGGACCCGUGUCCACUAUAUACUCCCCCCAUGUCUGACAUUGACGGAUCAUCUACCACGCACACGAUGGGAACUUCAAAUACCCGCAGUCCCAUGCUUGGGACCGAGGCCGGGUAUCCCAUCCAGCCGUUGCCGCAAGGCGAGGAUACUUCAAGCACCACUCUUGCGGGGCUAGAGUCCAACACUUUCACAGGGCUGUUUGAUGACUUUGGUCAAUUCACCUGGCCGAAUCCAGCUGUUGAUCUUGGGUUGGACUAUGGUUGGAAUUUGAACUGGUCCGAGUAG